AUGGAGGCCGCCCGGCUGCAGCAUAUCUUCGCGGCGGGAGACAGGAACCGUGACGGCGGCUUGGAUGAGACCGAGGUGGCCUGGCUGAUCCAGAUGGUCAACCCCGAGGUGCCGCUGGGCGAGGCAGCGCUGGGGCUCAUCGUGGAGGAGGUAUGGGCGGCAUUCCCCGCGCAUGUCAAGCAGCAGGGCCUGACCUUCGACGGCCUGCAGCAGCUGUAUGCCGAGGGGUUAGGCGACCCAGAACACGAUUAUCAGCUGCUGGUACAGCAGGCCGCGGAUGAGACGGCUGCUGCUACAGCAGCUGCGGCGGUGCAGCUAGAGGGGUCUGCGACCAAAGGACAGAGGAUGGAGACAGAAGGGGCUAGCUGCACACCUGCCAAGGCAGGAGCCGUCACGCCCCGGGAUGUGUUUGAUGACCUGCGUGCGCCUGGCACUAUGGCAGGCCUCGUGGCCGACAGCGCCAUCGAUGUAGGCGCUGACCCUGCGGGCAGCGAGGACGGCACAAUCAAGAGCCACCGGGCGCUGGAUGCAGGCGCCGCAGGGGCCUGUCCCGAGGGCUUACAUGGCUCGCCACCCAUGACGGCACGCUCCGAUGUGUUCGACUUCCUGGCCACGCCGCGCACCGAGGCAGCGCUGUUUGGGCCCCCGCAAGCGCUGCAUGGCAUCAACACCAAGGCUCGGCAAGCGGCAGAAGCAGGCGCCGCUGUUGGUGGCAGCAGCAUGCCCAUCACCCCAAUGACCGCCACAAGCGACGUGUUUGACAUGGUAGCAACAGGCAGCACAGCAGCAGAUGAGGAGGAUCGGGAGGCUUUGUCGCUGGGCGGCACGCCCUCUGCUGCAGCUGCAGGCGGUGGCGUGGCGCGGCGUCCCGGCUUCCGCCUCGAUGUGAAUGGUCUGGCGGAGGGCGCUGUGUCGCUGGGGACGCUUGUGGCGGGUGCUGCUGCUACUGCCUCCCCGCUCAACUUUACCCUCCGGGUGCCAACGGACAGCUUCCACCGCGAGGGUGGUUGGGAGGAGCAGCAGCAGCUGGCGCUUUUGCACGCAUUCGAGCGGGCACUUCCUGAGGGUAGCGCUGCGGAGCUUACCAGCGCCGCCCCUGCUGCCGAUGGCUCUCUGAUCGUCACAGUGGCUGCCUCGCUGCCGCGCGGCAGCAGCACCGCCGCAGAGGAGGCACAGUACAUGGCAUCUGUCCUGCGGAACGACGCCAAACAGGCACGGUUCUGCUGCUGA